AUGUACUUUCCCCUCCACCCCCAAGAGAUCCGACUCGUCGACAUCUCUCCAGGGACUUGGAAGGAUGACGUUCAAUGCACUCUUCGACAUGCUUCGGUCACCGGCAAGCCCAGCUACAAUGCAUUAUCCUACGUUUGGGGAUCAUUGAGUGCCACCAGGCGCUCAAUUAUUGUUACUGGAAACCCUCGUUCCGUCACAGUGAACCUCGAACUUGCAUUGCGACGCAUCAGACAGCCCGACGAUACUGCAACAUUCUGGAUAGAUGCGCUGUCUAUCAAUCAGGCUGAUAUUGCGGAGAGAAGUACUCAGGUGGGAAUGAUGAGGAAUAUCUAUGCUUCAGCAAGUGCAGUCGUGAUUUAUCUUGGAGAACCUCCCCCUCAAGGGUUAUCUGGAUGCCCGAGUAAUAACAAACAGCCUCUGUCGUUGUCCAAAUUCUACUGCGAUUCGAGGGACGGAGAGAAGAUUGCAAAGUUUCAGGAUCGUUGCUUGCCAAGAGUAGGGCAGAAAGGCUCUGGCAGCAAGAAGAAACUGCAUUACCCACAUGAAGUCUGUUGCUUGCUCAGCCUACUCGCCCAGACUUCUGACUUGGAGAGCGUCGCUCCAUUCAACCUCGACUCUCAGCUCUCAUUGGACUCUUUCUAUCAGAGGAACGUUUUUGAAGCAUUGCGAUAUCUGAUGAGAAGCAGUUGGUGGGAUCGUAUCUGGGUCGUCCAAGAGGCUGUGGUGCCAAAGAAUAUCAUCUUAGUCUACGACACAAUCACAGCUCCAUGGGAAAUGUUUGUUAAGGCCGCGCAAGCUUACACGACGAGCUCUCUCCACUCCGCCAUAUCGUCCUUCCCCCGGGAAUACUCGGAUGUAUUAAGAUUCUUCUCCCGCAUCGUUCUUGAUAUUCAUCAGUUGCGGUGUCGAUGGGAGAACGAAGAAAAUACGACUUUAUUGUCACUACUCCGCCAAUUUAGUAACCGGAAAGCAAGCGAUGAUCGAGACAAGGUAUAUGCUUUAAUAGGCUUAGUUACCGAAACUACCGAUUCAAAGCUCCCUCUCAUCAAGCCAGAUUACUUUCUUGAUACGUCAGAUGUAUUCAAGAACACCGUAUUGAGGAUUAUCGAAAUGACAGGAUCGUUGAGCAUCUUGGUAGGAAGUUUAGGUCAGAAGAGUCGACAAGACCUUCCGUCAUGGAUAAUAGACUGGAGUACGGCUUCGGACGAUACGAACGGGCGUCGAGUUGAAGAUACAGAGAACUACAAUGCAUCAGCUGGAGUCAAAGUCCGGAUCCUACGAGAUAGGGAGACGCAUUUGUCAGGAGUUUCGAAAUAUUUGAAGGAGAUUGCAACUGAGUUAGGCAGCGGAGGGAAAGCUAUUCAUUCUGAGAUGUCGCCACGCGAGAAAUAUACGCUCCUGCUAUCUUCAUCAGAAUGGGAGAAAAGUCUUGUCAAAAGUAAAAGAGCAGAACCGUACGAGAACGAGUGUUUAGAAGCCAUUCAAAGUUAUUUGGCAGUCCAUGGAGGUCUUAUCUGGGCACGGAAGGUCGGCGAUGGCCUGGAGUUUCCAGGGUUAUACAAAGGAAAGGUAGUAAGGGCUGGAGAUACCAACCUCUGGAAUUCCAACCUGGAAUUAUUGGUGCUGAAUUGGGCGGCUACCAUCGCUGAUCAUUUCAACGCUGACAUCCAGGCCAAGUCUAUCAUCCCAAUGCAGAAUGUCGAGGAAUCGCUCUUGAAAGCACUAUGUGCUGAUAUGGCUCCUCCAGACAGUCACGACAAUGGGUCAAAGAGUGUCAGGAUAACAGACAAAGAAUUAGAGGAGGUAAUCAGCUGGAUUCAACAUCUAGGAGGCUUGUCUGGUCCAAAAGGGCUCUGGGAAAAGCUGUCCGAAAGACAUGGGAUAGGAGGUUCGACAGAAACCCCAAAGCUUUCUCCGCGGAUGGUUGAAGCAAUCAAAAGAGCAACGUUCAGACGCCGGAUUUUCAUCACUGAUACCGGUUUCAUGGGUGUUGGACCAGGUGAACUUCAAGAAGGGGAUGCACUAUUUAUUCUGGUUGGAGGACAGACUCCCUUUAUCCUACGGGAGUCGGGAAGCUGCAAAUUUCCACUAAUCACAUACGAACGAUAUUCGAUGAGAAUCAAGAGGCCCUCUUUUAAACUCAUUGGAGACUGCUAUGUUCAUAAGCUAAUGGAUGGGGAGGGUAUGGAGGGGUGGGAAAGAGCAGUGAGCAAGUCUUUUGAUCAUUACAAGGCAGAGAUGCAGAUGUGCAUACACGAUAUGCGCGAAAUGGAUUCAACCAAGAGAGAAUUGGAGCGAGCACGCGAGGUGCUAAGAGUAAUGAAGGAGCCAGAGUUCGCUGCUUGGCUGCUUCAGCCCCACGGUACAGCUGACAAAGACUCUGGGUUAUAA